GUUCAUAGCAUGCGCCGUCUUGUCUGACAGCCACUCGCGGAGGCACGCCCUGGCUCACAAAACGAGCCUACCCCAGCAGCCUGCCUAUGACCCGCCCCCGCGAACCAGAAACAGGAGAUAGUCUGACGGAUAGCACAGGCAAGAGAAAGCCAGGCUGGAGCUGCCCCGGGAAGUCAGGAGAGUCUGCCAGAGUCAACGCAGAGUCAACGCCAUUUCACCACUUACUAAGGAGGCUGAGAACUGAAACUACAGAAUGGCGGUGGAUAUCUACGACUCCCAGUACCUCCUCAUCCUGGCCCCUUCCCUGGUCAUCGCCCUCAUGUUCCUCUUCUUCUGGCUCUUCAUGAAGGAAACCUCGUACGACGAGGUGCUGGCCCGGCAGAAGCGGGACCUCAAGCUACCGCCAUCCAGGCCGGACACCCGCAAGAGGAAUGAGAAAAAGAAGAGCAAGAAGAAGGAGAGUGCCAGUGGAGGAGGCGGCGGAGGUGGUGGAGGUGGAGAGUCCGAAGAGGACGUGCGGGACUUUGACAUGGCUGACGGUGCCAACAGCUCUUCUCAGGAGCUGGAGGAAGAACCCGCACCAGUGGUCACACCAGACCCCGAUCCACCAACACCUACUCCAUAUGUGCCUGUUUCAGCGUCUCCAGAAGCUCCUGUCAGUCUGAGGGAGAGGAAGAAGAAGGAGAAGAAGGCUGCCAAAGCUGCUGCUGCGGCGGCUGCCGCUGCUGCCGCCGCUGCCGCCGCUUCCUCUGAAGAGCCGGAGGUGAACGGCUCUAAGCCGAUCAGCAAGAAGACGGAGGCACCUGUGGCUGCGAGCAAACAGUCCAGCCCUCCCUCUCCCAAAGUUGAAGCUCAGAUCCAGGUUGCUCAGGCUCCCGUUCAGGCUCAAACACCCCCACAGAGCUCUGGGAAGAAGAAGGACAAGAAGAAGCAAAAGGCAGAACCCGUUGAUGACCAGCAGCCAGAGAUUAAAGCAGAACAGGCUCCAGCUCCAGCCAAGAAGGAGGCCCCUGUUGUUGCUGAAACCAAAGUUCUGGAUGGUGCAACUCCAAAUGCUCCCAGUGGCAAGAAGAAGAACUCUGCCAAGAAACAGAAGACUGAGCCUGUGGACGAUGCCAACGCCGUGUCCGACUCAUCAGCUUCUGCCAACCACCAGGCAGCUCAUAAUGAUGAUGCACCAUCCAAAGGCAGUGGCAAGAAACAGAAGACUGAGACUGACAAAGAGAACACGGAGGUGAAGCUGAAGGAGCUGCUCUCUGGUCUGUCCAGCCUGGCUCUGUCAGAAGCCGAAGCAGUCAGCGUGAUCGCCCUGCUCCGAGAGAAGAGCCCGAAUGCCUUAGACGCCUGGCAAAAAACUGCUGCAAGGCCCGACCCCGCCGCACAGGAACGAGAGAGGCUCUUCACAACUCUGCAGGAGGAGGCCUCUAUUGCCAAGGACAAAGUGAAACAGCUCAGCCAGGAGCUUCAGGUGGAGAAGCAGAAGACGGGCCGUGUGGAGGCCGUGAUGAGGGAGCAGCGUGCAGCCAUGGAGAAGGAAGUUGGGGGAAUGCAGGCCAAAGCGCAGGGCAGCUACCAGGAGCUCCAGACCAUGCAGAUAAAGUUCCAGCAGGUGAGAGAGCAGCUGGAGAGCCAGAUCACUCGACUGCAGCAGGAGAACGGGAUCCUGAGGGACGCAGUGAGCUCCGCUACCAACCAGAUGGAGAGCAAGAAUUCGGCCGAGCUGAACAAGCUGCGUUCCGAGUACGCCGCUCUGAUGAAAGAGCUGGCGGAAAACAACGGCAAGCUGCAGCAGGAGGAGCACCAGAGGAAGUCGCUGGAGGUCGGCUACAAGCAGAACGUGUCCCAGCUGGAGGCUCAGCUGCAGGAAGCAAAGAGACGGUGGGAAGACCUGCAGAAUUUCUGCCACGGUGUCAACGCUGAGAGAGAGAAACUGCAGACCUCUAAGCAAGAGCUUCACAGCCAGCUGCUGGUGGCGGAGACAGAGAUGAACAACAAGAACAAGGAACUCCAGACCCUGCACGGCAGCCUGACGGAAGCCAUGGUGGCCAAGGAGCGGGUGGAGGAGAGGGUGAUGGAGCUCAUGGAGAUGUCUCAGCACAGCAUGCCUGAUGACUCAAUGCAAGUACGGGUCCAGGAACUUAUGAAUGAAAACAAAAGUCUGCUGGUCCAAAAUGAGGGCAUGCAGGCCCAGAUGUCUUCACAGGUCACCCAAGUCUCCCACAUUGAGGAGCUACAGAAGCUAUUAGCUGAAAAGGAGCUGCAGAGGAAGAGUCUGGAGGAUUCUCUGAAUGCUGAGAGGAGCAGCGGGGCCGGUAGAGAAACCAACAUGCAGAGCCUGCACAAUGAGAACCUGUCGCUGAGGGCAAAGUUUCAGAAUCUGCAGGCACAGAUUUCUGAUCAGGCUGCCUCUCAGUUGGCGUUGGACCAGUUCCAGAAGAGUGCCUGGGAGAAGGAGGAGAACAUGAAGACAGUGGAGGGCCUGUUGGAGAAGGGGCUGAUUGAGAUGGCUAACAAGGAGGAAGAGCUUAAGGCUGUGAGAGGAGAGAACGAGGAGCUGAAACAAGAAAAUGAGGCUCUGAAAAGAAUGAAAGCAGAACAGGUCCCAUCAGAGUCGAUAGUGGAAGAACUCCAGAACAAGAUCCAAGAGAGGGAUUUGAAGCUAAAUUCCCUAGAGGAGAGUCUACAGGCAGCACAAGACAGCAGCUCAGCCAGAGAGAAGACAGCAGAGGCUCUGGAGCAGCAGUUGGUGGCCCUGCAGGCAGAGAUGGAGCAGCUGAGACAGAAGGAGAUGCCAGAAGAGCAGAGCAGUUCUGGUGCCCAGCUCCAAGAACUCCAGGCUCUACUGGUAGAAAAGGACCAGGAGAUCCAGAGUCUGCAUGCUGAGGUGGAGGCAAGGACUGUGGAGCUGAGUGACAAUAUGGAGCAGGUACAUCAACAGCAGUCCCACACAGAUAUCCAAAGCCAUGAGAUGCUCAAAGAAUUGUCAGAGAAGGCGCAGCAGGUCUCAGAUCUGCAGGCUGAGCUGGCUGAGUUGAGGGACUCUGUGGAGCUUCACAGGAAGAAGAACAACGAGCUUCGGGAGAAAAACUGGAGUGCAAUGGAAGCUCUGUCAGCCACCGAGUCCAUGCUUCAAGGAAAACUCAGCAAAGCUGUCAAGGAGAACCAGACGGCACUGGCAGCUGUUCAGGCCGAGUGUCAGGAUGUCCUGCGCAGACUUCUGCCCCAUGUGCCUCUGCCCAGUGAGCAGAACCAUCAGGAGUGGCUCCAGAGAUUUGAAGCGGCGGCAGCUGAAAGCUCAGCCACACAAUCCACCCCUGCAUCAGGGGAUUCCAAGGGACUGGCUGAGAAGCUGAAAGAAGCAGAUGAAACCCAAAGGAUUCUACAGAAAGACUGUGAGACAUACAAGAAGGUUCUGGCAGAGACGGAGGGCAUCCUGCAGCGCCUCCAGAACAGCGUGGAGCAGGAGGAGUCUCGCUGGAAGGUGAAACUGGAGCUAUCGCAGGGAGAGCUCAGAGAGAUGAGCCAGAAAGUCACAACUCUGGAGCAAGAGAUGGAGAGACUAAGUGAUGGAGCAGAUUUGGAAAACAUGAGAAGAGAAAAGCAGCACUUGGAGUCAGAGUUAGAGCGGGCAGAGCGCGAGAGUGCCACAUAUGUGACGGAGGUCAGAGAGCUCAAAGAUCUGUUGACUGAAUUGCAGACCAGGCUUGAUGGCUCAUAUACAGAGGCUAUCAGACAGAAUGAUGAGCUGAAUUUGCUGAAAACCCAGCUCACUGAGACUCUGCUCAAGCUGGAGACGGAAGAGAGUGAGAGGCAAAAGGUGGCUGGUGAUCUCUAUAAGGCACAGCAGUCUCUCGACCUGAUCCAGGGGGAGCUCUCCAACGCUACGGACAACGCUGGCGACCUGAUAGAGAACAGCAGUCUGACGUCACAGAGAGAAGAGAUCGACAGAAAGGAGAAAAUGACUGCAGGCCUGAACCAAACAGUCAGAGAGCUGCAGCAGCUGCUACAAGACGUGAGCCGGCAACUCACUAAGGGACAGGAAGGGGAGGGGGAGAAAGACCUGCCCAAGGUAUAGUAAGAGGACAACAGACCCCCCAACCACCCCACGCAGUCAUCCUGACUGCACUACAGAGACCACCUUUGACCUUUGGUCUUAUCACUACCACCGUCACACCAUACCGUCAGGCUCAGCCACCCCCCUUCCUCAAACUCCUAUCACCUCACCUGUACUGUUUAGGCAGCAUCCGACUGACUCUGGGAAACCACUCCCAGUCUCCAGUCGGCCGUAAGGGAGCAGGAGAUGGUUACUGUUAACUCCAAACACUCCACACACUGUACCAAAACACACUACUCUGCUCCCUCCACAUUCCUCUUCUUCAGCAGCAUCACCAGUUAAUUUUUAUCCUUAACUUAAAUGACAUUCAGUAUCAUUUAAACUGUGUGGCAACCAUUCCUCUGUUUAAAACACCUGUAUUUUUCAAUGAACUCCUUUUUGAAUACUGCAGUAGUUUGUUGUUUAUUUGUUAAGAGAGGGCGGUUAUACAAAUUUCCAACUUGAUGAGAACAAACUUUGGGUUUUUUCAGUCUUUUUUUUUCUUAACUUCAAGACAUGUAUUGUUUAAGUGUAACAGUUAGGACCUGCUGAUAUACAUUAUGUUGUUGAUCUGUUUGCCUCAUGAUCAAAAAAACUAUCACAAACUGCAUUCAUGAAGUCAUAGCUCCAUGCAUACCUUGGCUCAGUACUGGGUGGGAGAAGAAGGGAUCAGAAGGGGGCUCAGCAUAUCAGAAGGGUCACCACGUGACUAACUAUGGAGAUGCAUGGACUAACUGUAGUCAAGUCUGUACUGCAGCUCCAGAGAGAGAAGGGAGUCUGUGACCCUGGCUGUGGAAAGAGAAGGCCAGGUCAACAGUGUUAGGUUUUUAAUCCUACUGCAACUACUCUAGGAAUAAGCGUCCCAUAUCAUCUGUAAUCAACACUUGCUAUAUUGUUGCUAAGUUCAUUAACACUGAAGAUUUUGUUCUUUUUGUAACAGGUGAUGUUAAUAAAAGGGAUGCUUGAUAAAUCUG